AUGAGUGAGGAUGUAAACUCUUUCUGGUUGUCGGUUGACAUGAAGAAACGGAUUGAUGUAAAAAAGCUGGAAUGUGCAGGAAAUGCAUUGGAUGCGAUAGCAAACGAAACACGGUUACGGUCCGUCGUGACAGGUGAAGUAAUAUCAAUUGUGGGAAGUUCACAGGUACAUAACAAUGAUAAAGAUCAGGGCGAAGCUAGUAGAAAUGUUUUGGAGAAGAAUAAAGACACUUCCGCCAACAAAAGGAAAUUAGAGGACGACCAAUCAGAUUAUUGUGAAGGACUCAAACAUUUGUUCGAUGAGUCCAAUGAAGAUUCCAUUAUAGAAAAUAUCGACGAAAAAUCUCUUGAAGAAGAGGAUAAAUUACCACCUGCUAGUGGUAACAAGGAUCCACCAAAAAUUCGUACAGAUGUGUUGAAUGCCUUCCGAAUAUACCAAGAAAAAAUUCCCAAAAUUCGCAGAGUUUUCACCCCCGCAUAUUGGGGAGUACUAGACCUAACUAAAGAAAGCCUAUUUGGGUGUAAGGAAAUUACCGAAAAUGACAUACAUCAAUUAUCGCAGGAUUUUGCCGACCAUAUAAAGUGGAAAUGCGAGCCUGCCCCAAGAAAUUUCCAGAAAUAUUUUGAUGGAAAUUGCGAUUAUGUUGAUAGCAAUCAUAAAGAUCUUAAAAAAUUUGAUACAUAUGUUCAAUUUAUGAAAGUUAACAUGCAUUCGUUCCAAGGUAUGCUCACCGAAGAACAGUUAAAAAUGACUACUUCGUUUCCGCUGAUUCAUGGAACGUUUACGUCGAAUAAUAUUAAAGAUGUCUGGGGGGAGGUUCAAGCACUUUCAACUAGUGACGCGCGUAAUGAAAAUGUUGACCCAUUCAAAAAAGCCCGGAUGGGUAGGAAAGUUGACAUGAAAGCAACCUUAACUAAAACAUUAAACAAAUUCGAAGUCAUUUAUGGUGAGGUUGCAGGGGGAUUGGGGUCAUUUGGAAUUCCUUCUGCGUGUCGUAAGAAGCGAUUUUUGGACAAAGUUAAAUUGACGAUAAUUAUGCGUGAUGGAAUAAAUCGGCUAUUAAAAGAGUGUAAGCACGUUACAGAUGAAAGCCGAAGGAACAUAAUAAUCUAUGGCUGGUUACAAGUGGGAUUAGAAUUAAAUUUUUACGCGAUGGACUGGCAAGGGAACGGUAUCUACAGAUUCGGGUUGGUAGACCGGUGUAGAAUACCAGUUGACGAAGAUGAUUGUAGCAAUUUGGAAGACGCAUACUGUGUCCUUAAAUCGCUUGAGAGUAAGUCUCUUGAAACUGAAAAGGUGGUGAAAAGUCUUCUUUCGGAAAACACCAAGGGAAAACGACGUCGAAUUACACCUGAAACUGAACCGGAACUGAACACAAAUCGCACUCCAAAAAAAUAA